AUGAAGGAUGCUUGGUAUCUCCGAUAUGGCGACUACCACGCGACGAACCUGGCAGCGCUCCGUGAAGAAGCCCGAGACAUGGUCAAGAAGACCAAGUAAGCAGCGGCUGCUGCGAAAAUGCGAUCCGACAAAGAAGCAAAAAAAUUCUGGGAAAAGACAGCUCCCAAGAGUCACGGUAGCGAUAGUUCAUCAGCUCCUGCACCACCAUCUCUCACCGACGAAGAGAAGGCGCUCCGCCAUUUUGUCUCUACAAAGUGGAUCGAGCUAGACAAACAUUUAAGCUUUGAGGAAGAGCAGGCCAAGAAGGCGAGUGGGCUUUCUGUCAGCACCCCUUUGUCCGAUUUGCUCCACAAUCUUGUUUGCCUUGUCAACAAUACUACGUAUGAAGACACGGACAUCAAUGAAGUUGUACGCCGAACGAAACGAAGUCGCCCACGCGGAUAUUAACGAAUUGGUUCGCACAGAGCAGUGGCUUAAGCUCGCUGACAAGAUUGUUGAGGAUCUUUCCGCACUUGAGACAGAGAAAUUAAUCACCGAAGAGCAGCGAGCAGCCACGAAAGCCGCCAUAUGGUACAAGAUAGAUCUCCACUUCGAAAUCUUUGACCUCGACGAAGAGGCUUUUACCGUCUCUGCGAUGAAGGCCUGGCCUCUGGACGAUAAGGGAAAGGCCGUUCGAACUUCUGUGAGGCCGGCCCCGACAUCCAAUUGCUUGGCUGUGCGGAAUCGGGUAGUAGAGUUUGGUGGUGUGGGAGCUUUUGUAGGGAAAGAGCCUUUUUCCCUGGUAUGUGAAAGCGUAUUUUUUUCCCACCCUGCCUUUCCUGGCACAAGCUUAAAAAGGUACACGGCAGCAAUUUCCUACCGUUUCCUGAUUCCUCCCUCCUCAAACCACUCUCUCUACCCAACGACAUCAAUUCCUCCCGCUGCUUCCUCCCACAACCAUCUUCUACUUCCUAUAUCCAACAAACGUCAAUCCCUCAAGCUGGUUCCUCCUACAGCUACCAGCCGCCGACGAUAUCACCGUAGCGAAACCCACUGGUUGCUGGUGGCACGCACAAGGGGUUGUCUUCGCACCCCGACACCUUCCUCACCCACACUCUCCCGGUAAUUUACGAAAAUACCACCGUCGUCGCGGCGACCCAUCCCACGGUCCAAACCGGCGACCAGAAAAAGGAUGGAUGGUUUCUAUCCGAUUUCUACGCUCUCAACUACCUGCUCAACGGCUCUGUCGCGGAUCAAACCUGGCUCA